AAUCCCGAAAUUCAAAGCGGAAAACAAUCAGACGGACAAAUGACGUCUGAAUCCCAAAAAUAUCCUACACAUAUAACCGGUAAGUCCCAGAUAGAUGACAAUAAAUUAUUAUAUUGUUAUAUAUGUAAUGUUGAACAAACUUGGAAGGAGCACAAGAUCAGCUACCAACAUGCGUCACAGCUCCACUAUUUUUUAAAUAAUUUUGAAGAGUCAUCAGCGGAAUAUGUCAAAUGCAAGCUAUGUAACAAUCAGAUUUCAAAAAGUUCAUUUAAAAAACACGCUGCUAAAACACAUAAAUUGAUUCCAUGGUACAGACCACCUACUGAACCAAUUUUGUACUUCAUAAAUUUUAUCAAGCCAACAAAAGAAGCUUAUAAAUGCCUCUUAUGCGAUAAAAAACUCAAUAAUUGGUACAUGGCAUUGAGACACAUUGAGCUUUCAAAUCAUCGAAUUCGUUUGAAGAGCAUUAUUAAAGAAAAUGUCGAUGAAGCACGUUUGAAAAUUAGAUUUUGUAGAGAGGCAAUUGACCAUUACAUUUUUUCCAACGGAGCUUCGCGAGCUCGAUGUUUAGCAUGUAAUAUUAUUUUUGAGGAAUACAAUGCUGUUUAUGAACAUUUUGCUGAUGAAACUCACAAGGAGAAUUUCAAGGCUAAUAACAUCUAUCCCGUUUUAUCUUUGGAUAAUUCCAUGAGUUUGCUUCUUGAGGAUUUGAAAAUAAGUGAUCCAAAAAAUUCUACAAGCGAUGACUCUGCUGGAACUUCUAAUUCAGAGUCUCUAGCAUCUACUAGCUCAGGUUUCGGAUCUACUUUUAGAGACCCAAAACUCAAUGAUAAUAAUUUUGAUAACGAGGACAAUGUAAGUAAUAAAUCUCCAGAGAAAAUUGAAGUCGUCUCUCCUUCUAAUGAGCUGAAAAUUUAUUCCGAAAAACUUGUAAUAAAAGAAAAGGCAGACUUAGCACUCUCUAAUUCAAAAUCUAUAAUCAAUUGGACGAAAUUAGAAAAUUUGAUCCUUCGUUUUUUUGAAAACUACAUUUAUAUCGGUGACGACUAUUAUUAUUAUUGUAAUUUAUGCAGACAAAGUUUCUCAUCUUUAUCGUCUAUGUCGGAACAUCUUGACGAAUCGGAUCACAAACAUCAAUUAUUAGAAGAACAAAAAGAAACAUGUACCAAUGAAUAUAAUGCACCUUACUUGCCAAUUUUUAUUGAAUCACUCAUCUCAAAUAAUAUUUUUCCUUAUAACUUAACAAAAUUGAAAUGUUUCACCUGUCUGACUAUACUACCAUCUUAUAGAAGUGCCGAAGAACACAUCAACAGUCAAUUACACAGAAACAAUCAUAUUUUUCUAAAAGCACCUAAAAAUAAUCAACAAUUGUUACCGGAAUCAAAAACUGAUGUGGCUAUUUACUGUAAAAAUUUUAUCAAAAAAGGCCGUACAGACUAUUACUGCCACUUGUGUAAGUCUGCUUUUACAUCAUCAAUUGCAGUGAUGACGCAUAUCGAUACAUUGGAACAUUGUAAGCUUUUAUCGGAAGAAACAUCAAAAGCAUUUUGGGAGACUCAGUAUUCGUUAUAUUUCUAUGAAUUGUGUGUAAGAAAUAGUAUUUUUAGACUAUCUCACAAAAAGCUAAAAUGUUUUGCAUGCAAAGGUAUUGAAAUACGGAAGAACGUGUUUGAAAAUCAUAUUAAAACUCCAGAACAUCAAACUGGUAUUGUAUCAAAUAAUCCAAGCAAUGAUAAUCAAAUUCCACACAAUGACAAUCAAAUUUCGCUCAAUGAUGAUCAAAUUUCACACAAUGACAAUCAAAUUCCACCCAAUAACAAUCAAAUUCCACACAAUGAUAAUCAAAUUCCACAAAUUGCAAUCAAGAAUUCUAAAUCUUCAACAGAAAAACUAAUUAUUAAAAAAGAUCAAUUGAUACCCGAAUGUGAUUUGGAAAAUCGAUUUUUAAAAUGCUUUGAAAAUUAUAUUUUUGUUAGUAAUAGUAAUUAUUUUUGUAAUUUGUGUGAAAAGGAAUUUUCUUCUUUGUCUUCAAUGUUCGUACAUAUACUCGAUUCAACUCAUAUAAAUCUUUUAGAAGAAAGAAGAAAGAAGCACAAGAUAAGUGAGCAUAAAUUUUUGCACAUCCCGAAAUUGUAUGAAGUCCUUGUUCGGCACAAUGUUUUUCAAUUUAAUCCACUGACACUAAUAUGCAUAUCAUGCGGGUGCAGACUAAGUGGUUACAUUAGUGCUGAAAAACACAUGAAUACUAAGCAACAUAAAAUUACUCAUAAAUCUCGACUUGAUGAAAUAAAAUCACCUACCUUAAUCGCAAGUGAAGAUGAAUGUAUAGAUGCUGCAACUGUAUUACGAAAAACAAAGAAAAAAUUCGCUAAAUAUUUUAAAAAUUCUAUUGAAAUGCGCUCAGAAGAUUACUAUUGCCAUCUUUGUUGUAUUAAUGUAUCAUCUUCUGAAGUAAUAGAGCACAUUCAAAAACCAGAGCAUGUUAAGUUCGUCAAGAAUAAGUUCAAAGAUAAAUAUAAAGUUCGAAAAAAUAUUUUUUACACCGAAUUGUGUGUAAGAAAUGGUAUUUUUUGUCACACUGUUCCUGUAUUGAAUUGUUUUACUUGCAAUAAUUUGGUUGGAAAAAAGGAAAACAUAGAAAAGCAUGUACAGAGUGAGGCGCACAAGAUAAAUCGAGAAUCCAGGCAACAAAACACAAUUAAACCUCAAUCCAAAACUAAUUCAACUGAAUUAGUUUCGGUUGAACCUAUCACGGACGUUAAAAUAAAUAAAGCUCUUCCACUUCAAGCAUCAAAUUGUCUUUCCAACGAAACAAAAAUUGAAAUUAAUCAGAAUAUUGUGCCAAGAGUUAGAGAAAAAAUUGAUGAUACUAUUCAAUUAAUACCAGUAUGUGAUUUAGAAAAUAAUUAUUUAAUUUUUUAUGAAAAUUUUAUAUUUAUAUGCGGCAAUACUUAUCGCUGUAAUUUGUGUAAAAAAAAUUUUCUGUCAUCUUCGAUUUUAUCACAUAUAAACGAUUCACAUCAUCAAAAUCUUUUAGAAGAAAAAAGACAAGAAAGUGGUAUUAGUAAGCACAAAGUUGUAUACUUACCAAAUUUUUAUGAAUUACUUAUCCGAAAUAAUAUCUUUCAGUCCGAUUCACUUGCAAUUAAAUGUUUGUCAUGUGAGUGUUCUAUUACAGAUUACCCGACUGCUGAAGAUCACAUUGAUAGUGAGUGGCAUAAAAAUAAUAUUAAAUUUAUGGCUGCUAUAAUGGGCGCGUUAAUUCCCAUUGAAAGUAAAGACAAAAAUUCUUCAGGACCGCAAAUCCUACCGGAUACGAAAGAAGAUUUUGCAAAGUAUUUUGGAAAUUUUAUUGAAAAACGUCAAGAAGAUUACUAUUGUCAUUUGUGUUAUAUUACUCUGUCAACUUGGCUUGAAGCAUCAGCGCACAUGGAGGUUCCAAAGCACCGUAACAUCGCAAAGGAUCAGUAUGUCGACCCAAAGAUCCAAAGUAAUUUAUAUUACAGUGAAUUAUGUGUAAGAAAUAGUAUUUUUUGUUACAGUUCCACCGAAUUCCAAUGCUUUAGUUGCAAAAAAAAUUUUUUUUCAAUGAAUGACGUAGAACUACAUGUUGGAAUUAAAAGACACAAAAAAAAAUUUAAAGUUAACUCAAUUAAAAAGACAUCAACAGAAACUGUUCCAGUGAGUACACAAAAUUCUUUGAACAACAACAAGAAUAUUGCGAUUUAUCAGAGCACUGGAUCUACUGAAGGAAAAAAAUUUAAUAAUCAGUCAAUAUCUAAUUUAAAAUUGGAAGAUCAAUUUUUAACGUGCUUCAAACAUUUUAUUUGCAUUUUUGAUAAAUUUUAUUACUGUUGUCUAUGUGAAAAUGCUUUUCUGUCAUCAGUUCUAAUGUUGUUGCAUAUAAAUGAUCCAAUCCAUAUAUAUCUGUUGAGAAAAAAAAAACAAGGGUAUGCCGAGCACACAGUUUUGUAUACGCCAAAUUUUUAUGAACUGCUUGUUCGGAAUAAUGUUUUUCUACUUAAUCCACUGACAGUAGAAUGCUUAUCAUGCGAAUGCCGUAUCAAUGGAUACAUUAGUGUUGAAGAUCACAUAAAUGGUUACACACACAAAAAUACUCAUAAAUCUAUAUUUGAAGAAAUAAAUUCACCUACCUUAGUCUCAAGUGAAGAUAAAAAUGCAGACACGAUAAUUGGAUUACCAGAAACGAAAGAAGAUUUUGACCAAUACUUUGUAAAUUUUAUUGAAAAGCGCUCCGAAGAUUAUUACUGUCAUCUGUGUUGUACUAAAUUGUUAUCUUCUGAAGUAAUGGUGCAUAUUAAAAUUCCAAUGCAUCUUAAUCUUCUCAAGAAUAAUUACAAAAAUAAAAAAGCUAAAAAUAAUUUUUUUUACACCGAAUUGUGCGUAAGAAAUGGUAUUUUUAGUUUUGAUGAUCCUGGCUUGAAAUGUUUUAUAUGCGAUAAAUUGGUUGGAGAAAAAAAAAUGAUUGAAGAGCAUGUAGAGAGUGAAGAACAUAAGACUAAGCAUGAGUCAAUAGCUAUUUCUUCUUCCGUAACUAAAACUUUUUCUAGCGAGUUGCCGACAACUCAAAAUCAGUUUCUUGAAUUAUUUAAGAAUUCAAUCUUUCUUCACGAAGAAAAUUGUUUUUGCAAUUUGUGUGAAAUAUAUUUCCCAAUGUCUGAUGCUAUGACACACAUAGAAAGUAGGUGUCACAAGGAGAAAGUAGGGUACGAUAAAAAAAAAUUUCUUAAGGUCUGUAUUAAGGUACUAAAUAAUUUUGAAGAACUUGUACGAAACAACGUUUUUCCGAUAAAUAGCUCCACGUUAAAUUGUUACUCAUGCAAUCUUAAAUUUGCUAGAUAUCAAACCAUCAUAUAUCAUCUUAAAACCUAUGAACAUAAAAGUGGUCUCAAUAAAUUAAAAACUAUUUUAAUAGCAGAAGAAAAAUCAGCAUCUAAAGAAUCUCCAAAAGAGCAAAGUAAACAUAAAAGUGUUACUAAUGAAUUGAAAACUACUUCAGUAGCAGAAGAAAAGUUGAAAGCUAAAAAAUCUUCAAAAAAGCAGCAAAAAAGUAAAUAUAAUUCUUCAAACAUCUUAUCAUGUAAUAUUUACAAGUACAAUGAUACAAGAAAUGAAUUUUUCUACUGCUGUGUUUGCAAUCUUAAAAUCAGGUCUCGUAAUAUCUUACACGUCCAUUUAUCCGGCCAUUUUUGGCAGCUAUUUACUGAUGAAGAUAUGGAUAACUUGAUGGCUUCAGCGAAGUUGCAGUCUGAAAAAGUUCUAGUUGUUAAGAACGAAAGUGUUGGGCAACCUGUUUUGAACUUUUUGGAUGGUAGAAGACUUGCAGAAAUUAAAGAACAAGCGAAGAUGACUGGUGAUAAGAAACCCGAUAAGGAUGUCUCAUUGAAAAAGAAGAAAAAACGAGAUAAAAAAAAGGAUGAUAAUAAAGAGAAAAAAGAUAAAAAAGGUCCAGGAAGGCGUUUUAGAAAUAUCAAGAUAGAGGAUCUAGAUGUUGAUGAAAAUAACAGCUCCAAUGAACUCGAUAUUUAUGAAAUGAAUGAAGAAAUACGCAAUGUGAUCCAGGUGAGUUUAAGUAGAAUUUGUAUUAUCAACAAAGAUGAAAUUUACUGUAUGAUAUGUCGCAAAAAUGUGGAAUAUUCUUCGCGAAUUGUCUAUGAACAUUUUCGAAGCAUUGAACACUCGUACUUUCUGACACAAAUGGUCCAGGAUCACAUGAAAUUUGAAAGUUAUCCAAGGGAGCUGAGUGAUUUUGAAUUGGCCCGUGAGAUGAUGGAGGAUAAAAGCGAUCGACAUGUUAGUUGCUUUGUUUGUAAUCCUGCUAAGCCUGCGACUAUUCCUAACAAUGUCGAAUCCUUGAAGUUUCAUAUAAACUCGGAAAGGCAUCAGAAUAAAAAAGAAAAAUUGAGCGAGAAUUUGCAGGAAUUUAUAAGUAAUUUUUACUCAAGGCUAGAACGCAAUUGGUUCAAUAUUCAGAAAUACUGGUGUGUGAUUUGCAACGGUAAAUUUAAUCUUGAAUACAAAUUUUGUCGUCAUUUCAAAUCAGAGUCUCAUAAUAAAAAGUUGCAGAACUUUAUUAGAUUUGAAAAUCUUAUUUUCGAUUUUUGUCCUACAUGUGGUAUACUUUAUUAUGGAUUCAAGAAUACUUUUACUUAUCAUUCAGAAUGUCAGUUUCAUAAAUUUUAUCGUGAUAAAAAUUCAUAUUUCAUAUCACAACUUCCGAAACUUACUGAAGAACUGGUGGCUAACGCGGAAGAAAAAUUGAAAAAUCAAUUAAUUAAGUUGGAAAGUAAUGAAGCUACAAGAAAAAAUGAAGAACAGUUGUUGUUAAAAGAUUUGAAAAAGACAAUUAAUAAUUAUGGAGAUGCUAAAAUUAUCGAUUGCGAUUUAUCAUUUACCAAUGGUCUAACAACUGAAAACACCAAAUUAGUCAAAUUAUACGUUGAUAAGUAUCCGAUGUGCAAGAAACUCAUUUUGUUCAUGAGAUACUGGAUAGAUGCUUGCAAUCUUAAUGGUCAAGAUGAAAUUCGCAGCUACGCCAUUUCCUGGAUGGUAAUUUAUUAUUUACAAACAAAGUUUAUUUUACCAAGCGUUGCAGAGUUGAUGAAAACUCAAGGAGAGUCACGUGUGGUUGGUGGUUGGGAAACCAAAUUGACCAAAGAUUUUAAGCUACCUGAUAUUAUUGACUAUAGUUUUAGGGAUCUGUUGUACGGAUUUUUUAUUAUGUGCGCUGGAUUCGAUUACAGAAAUAAUAUUAUCUGUCCGCUUCUGGGUAGACCGGUAAAAAAAAUCGAUUUUCUUGUGCCUAAAAAAAUGACAAAUUUACCUGAAGAAAUGAGGCCUUAUAUAAAUUUCAUGAAGAAAAAUCGUAAACAGAUCGACGGUUUUCGAUCCGAUUCGGUAAUGGGCGUUCAAGAUCCUUUUGAUCUCAGCCACAAUUUAACAAAAGCCAUCAAAAAAUUUGUCGUGUAUCGAUUCCGAACUUACUGCGCUAUAAGUGCUGAUAAGUUAAUUAAUUGA